GUGUGUAUGCCGUCUGUAUGAUUGAAGCUCGAUUAAGGGAAAUCGAAGCAAUACGUACUCAAAAAUCUAAAAUUGAAGAGUAUAUAAAGCUGUUAGAAGAACUGUUCGAACAUAAGCAAUUAGACUUUCUUAAGGUUUUUGUCACUCACAUAAUAUCGAGUUCGACGGCAUCUGCAGUAUGUCACGUUAUUUUUCAAGAGUUUUCAAAGAACAUGCCAAGGCUUCCGAGCGAGUUGCACAUUGAAUUGGCCAAUUAUACAAUAGAAAAUACUCGGUCUCGUUCCAGUGCAUUUGAAGAUGAAAUCGCGAAAAUUCGAGAGAACUUAGCUGCAGUUUACGAAUCGAGAGAGCAAUGGCUGAAAGCCGCGAAGACUUUAGCGGAACUUCCUUUAGAACACGGUGGACGGGGUUUAGACACUCAUUAUCUUAUUGACAAAUAUGUCAAAAUCGCUCGAAAUUUUUUGGAGAUAGAGUAUCCAGAGGCUGAAAGGUAUCUUACCAAGGCGGCAGCUCUGAUUCAGUCAUGUACUGAUCCGUCUCUCAUUUCGAGCUGUGAGGCAUGCAUUGCACGAAAUCACGAAGUCAAGCAAAGAUUUUCGGAAGCAGCGACUCAUUACCAUAAACUUGCUGGUAUGCUGACUGAAGAAUCAGAUCGUGAAAACGCCCUAGAGAACGCAAUAAUAUGCGCUAUUAUGGCUAGAGCGGGCCCGUCACGCUCUCGACAAUUAGGUGUUUUGUACAAAGACGAACGUUCUGUUGGGUUGAAGCUCUAUCCAAUUUUACAAAAAAUGUUCACCGACCGCAUUUUGCGCAAACAAGAGGUUGAUAACUUUGUUGCUUUGCUAAAAAUGAAGCCUAAUUUUGCAAAGAACAUGACCAAUACCAUGCCCGCAUUGGAUAAGGCCAUACGCGAGCAUAAUCUCCUAUCUGCGUCUAAGAUUUAUUUGAGCAUUUCGUUUGACGAAUUGGCUCUAUUGCUCGACGUCAGCGCAGAGCAGGCUGAAAAACUCGCAGCGACGAUGAUCGGAGAAGACCGCCUGCAAGGGAACAUAGACCAGAUAGAAAGAACAAUCAAUUUUGAAAAUUUUGACGUAUCUAAACUUUGGGGCGUUCGUAUCGAGUUGACGUGUUUGUGUGCAAACAAAAUAUUAGAGAUGAUUACUACCAAGCACCCAGGAUUUACAGAGACGAUGUCUGGACAUCGACUCGAGUAGGUUUGCGCGAUCUUAAGUACCUCAUGCAGCGAAGAUCGAAGUGUUGGGGUGCGCAUGAUCUUUGUAGGCAAGGGUUCUUAAAGCCGACAAAUUUUCCUGUAGUAGAAGCCAGUUGAGUCGAAAAGAAAAAAAUUGAGGCUCGCAAGAAAGACCUUGAAACCGAGCAUUGCCGAAAACCGCGUUGUACAAACAAACGCUCAGAAAAAAGACGCAACUGAAGUUGGACGAAUAAUUGGCGUCCAUCAUUUAGUGAAAAAAAAUCUGGUGUACAUAUGUGUACGCAUAUACAUAUGUAUGUGCACGAUGAAUAUAGUAAAAUGGUUAAGGUUGGUCUUAUCACUUUUUCUAUUCGGUCAAUUGUUGUACUACUUUUUUAUUUCCUAGUAAAAAUAAACGAUGCCUUUGAUCGAGCAUGACCUGCUAAAUCCUAGUCCAGAUUUAGAAGUUCUAAAGCACAAGAAGAAGCGUUUGACGCAAAGCCCCAACGGGUAUUUUAUGGAUGUCAAAUGUUCUGGCUGCAAUUAUAUCACUAUUGUAUACAGCCAUGCACAAACGGUUGUUGUGUGUGACAAUUGUUCGACCAUUUUGUGUCAGCCAACUGGCGGUCAUUGUCGGCUCACCUUUGGAUGCUCAUUCCGUGCCAAGUGAUCGAGUUUACGUUUUUCGAUUGAAGCGGGAAUUGGUAUUUUGAAUAAACCAUUUCUUGUUUACCCUGGAAAAAGAA